AUGAGCGGCAAGGCAGUUGCCUUGAUUCGGUAUUGCAGUGUGAAUGACAGCUGUUCCAGUACUGCAGGUGCUGGUCGACAAUUUUGGGACUGGAAGAUGAAAGCUGAACAAGCUAAGAAAGUUGAAUUCAUAAGAACUGCACAAAAGCUAAAAACUCAGCUUGCACAUAUAGAAAAAGACAAAAAUGGACAUCUUUACAAUAGGAAGAGUGAUUUCAGGGUAGAAUACAGCAUACUAGAGGAACUGGAACAUAAAACUGUUAGAACUAUGAGCACCUUAUUUUGUUUAACAGAAGCUAAAAUCCUGCAGCAGCUAUCAAAAAUACAAAAUAAUGUGAAGAGACUUCAGCAACAAUUAAAAGAUGUGAAACCUACACCCGAAUUUGUUCACAAGCUCAAGGAAAUGAUGGAGGAAGUUGAAAAUGCAAUCAAUGCUUUUAAAGAGGAACAGAGGCAAAUAUAUGAACAGCUUUUGAAGGAGGAAAAAACUGCCAUUAAUGAGCUCAGUGUCUUUGAGAGAAAAGUGGAACUGUGGGCGUUAGGCAGCUCAAUAACAGAAAAGGUUUUGAAAUUAGCAUCAGCCAGGAUCUCAGUUGAUAAAACACUGGAAAAUCAUCUACCUGAAGAAGUAGUAGAGUUUGAAAGAUUUCUUCAGCGAACAGGAGGGCGACAAGGAGGCUGGGAUGAUUAUGAUCAUCAAAAUUUUCUGAAAGUAUGGACAAAACACAAAGGAAGGCUGUCUUACAUGGAUGAAGCCCUUGAGUAUCUCUGUGGAAGAACAAAAGAAGAUAUUGAACAGCAUGACAAAUGGUAUCAAGAGUUUCUAAUUUUACAUGAAAGAAAAAAAGAGUCAAUUAUGAAGUGGAAAGAAAAGCAGCAGCAAGAAAAAGAAAGAAACUUGAAGGAGAAAGAGCAAUCAGAAAAAAUGCUCAAGGAACAAUGGCUACAGCGUGAAGAAGCUCAGAAGCAAAAAGCAGAAAAAGAAAGAAAAAGACAACAAGCAGCAAUUGAAGCAUGGAAGAAACAGAAAGCAAUAGCAUUUGCAAUGGAACAAGCAUCACAACUAAAACUAGAAGAAGAGAGGGAGAAAAAACAACAAAAAGAACGCCAGCGCCAAUGCCACAUGAGGUUACUGUUGGAAAGGUAUACCUUGCAGAAGAAAGAAAAGGACGAACUUGAAAAGCUUGAAAAGGAGAAGAGAGAGGAAGCUGAAAAGGAGGAAAGGAAGAGAAUUGCUGCAGAAGAAAUUACUAAGUUUCAAAAGCGUGAUCUACAUAAACUGGAGCUAAGGAUUCUACAAAAACAAGCUAAAGAAGUAGAGAAACAAGAAAAAGAAAAAAGGUUGGCAAAGUUAAGAGAGAAGGUCGAGAUUCACGUAACCAGAGACCGGUCCAGGUUGUACAGACCUACCAAGGGCUGGGAGGAACGCAAAAAAGAGCACGCACCAACAGCUUCAGAACGGCUUUUACGUGUUCCUCAUAGAGCUGUCCCAGCCUGGAGACAAGGGCUGUAG